AAUUCAAAAAUGGUAUAAAAAAAAAAUGUUUCCUUGCAUGUUAUAUUUGGCAUUUGCAUUAAACAUCAUUGAAAAAAUCUUUAAUUUAGAUUGUACCUUGCCCAUAUGUUCUUGCUCAGGAUUAACUGUAUCUUUAAAAAAUUACUCAAUUUCUUCACUAAGAAAGGAAAUGAAAACCUACAAAUCUCCAUACAAGAAAGAGUGUGAUCAUACUCAUAUUUUUAUAUUAAAAUCUUGGAGAUAUUAUUAAUGAAUUUAAAAACCUAAGUUCUAUAUAAAAGUAUUUUAUAAGGCUGUAACCAAUUAAUCUUAACAUACUAGACCAAUAUAAUCUUACUACCUCAAAAGUAAAAAUUAACUAUCUAAGAAUGCCUUUUGUAUUGAUUGGAAACAUCAUGAAACGUAAUUCUGAUAUGAAAUCUGAGCGGGGUGGUUUAAAGCGAAGUCGCCAAUCUGAGGAGCCUUCAUUGAGACUUUUAAUUCCCUCCAAGGUAGCUGGUUCUAUUAUAGGUAAAGGAGGAAAGAAUAUCAGUCGAAUAAGAUCAGAUUUUAAUGCUACCGUCCAGGUACCAGAUUGUUCAGGCCCAGAAAGAGUAGUGUCAAUUACUGCUGAUCAAGAAACAUCACUUAAUAUCUUAGGUGAAAUCAUUCCAUGUCUGGAUGAAUUUUUUUCUUCUUCAAAGAAUGAAGUGGAUGUAAGGUUGCUGGUUCACCAAUCCUUGGCUGGAUGUGUCAUAGGCAAAGGUGGUGCUAAGGUUAAGGAACUAAGGGAAAAGACUUCAGCUAAAAUCAAGAUUUUUGGAAACUGCUGCCCACAAUCUACUGACCGUGUUGUCUCUGUUGUUGGUUCUCCCGAAGUUGCUUUGAAUGGAGUUAGGGAAAUACUUUCAUUACUGAAAGAUACUCCCCAGAAAGGAUAUUCUGAACUUUAUGAUCCGUCUAACUUUGAUGAAGAAUUUGCUGAGGAUUAUGGUGGCUUUGGCAGUGGAAGAAUCAGUGGUGGAAGGCCUAUAUGGGAAGGUGGUGCUCCUGGCAGAUUUCCCCCACCCCCUCCUCCUCCACCAUCAGUACCGUUCAGAAGAGGAGACAUUCCUGAUCAGACCCAAGUGACUAUUCCUAAAGACUUAGCUGGAGCUAUUAUAGGAAAGGGUGGAUCCAGGAUUAGAAAAGUACGUUCGGAUUCUGGAGCUGAGAUCACCAUAGAUGAGCCAUUACCAGGUUCUAAUGACAGGAUCAUUACAAUAAAAGGAAAUCCCGAUCAGAUACAGCUGGCUCAGUACCUGCUGCAGCAGGCAGUUAGAGAGUCCCGCGGCAGCAUAAAACCACAGAGCAAGGAAAUAGUCUCCAGUGGUUUUCUUGGACCCUUGUUCUCCAGAUCAGCAUAGCUUCAUGGAAUCAUGUCCUAAUAUACCUGGAAGUACCUAUUUCUUUUGUAAUAAGAAGCAAAUAAACAGGUCCAGAUAUUACCUUCCGCCUUUCAUCAACACUGCUUAUUCUUCCAAAUCCACUUAUUAUGUUUGUGAUCCAACCAAAUGAAAAUGUUAACUAUAUGCUGUCAUUUUUGUAAGGGAGAAAACAUUUUAUUUUUUCAUGGCUCUGUUGGAAAAGCAAAGGAAAUGGAUAAAUUGUUUUUACCUAGAUAAGUACCACAUUGACUUUUCAUUUUAUUGUAAUCCUUCUGUAUUUCCUAUGAUUUCUGUUAUUAAAAGUAAUUAUUACAUUACUUUUUAUUAAGAAUCUAAACCAUAGAAUUUUAAACUUUUAAAAUCAUUCAUUUUUUUUGGUUAGCUGUUAUGUAGUUGUAGAAUGCUGAUUAUGUAACCAUUUGAAUGUUCAGUAUUAAUUUAUAAGUUAAGAAUAAUAUUAAGUAAUAGUUGCUUUUGUUGAAAUAAGCCGAUUUAUUUAGGAAAUUUUCUAAUUAUAUAACUUAUUAUACUGUGGUUCCUAAUAUUAUAGUAAUUUCAGAGAAAUUACUAUACAUUGCUGCUACCAGAUUUUUUUUAUUAAUGAAAAUGUUCUUUAAAAGAUAAGAUACAUUGUAUCACUAUCAAGUGCGAUAGAUUUAUUUAAAUCAGAUGUUAUUUUUUGUUCUAGGUUAUUCUAGAAAUAAGAAUGUAUGAUAUGUGAAUGUUUUUGAAUCUAUAAAUGUAAGAGUAAAAAAAAAUCCUUGUAAGAGGUACAGAAUUAUGUUUAUGUUGGUAAUUUCUUAACUUGAACAGAAGCUUUCUUUUCAGAAUCAGUUGUAUAUUUACCUACACAAAUUGUUCCGAUUUGUUUCAUGAGGUGCAAUAUGUUUUUAUUGUAAACUAUAAAUCUUUUAUAUCCCCUUUCAGAAAUUAAAGUUAAAUGAAGAUUGAAAUUAGAUUUUAUGAAAAAUUCAGCAUUUAUUAACAUUAUUUUGUUUACUCUCUACCUGAGUUGCUAAACUUUUAUUAUUUUCAGUAAUUUGAUAAACUAAUCAAUAUAGAAAAUGUGUGAAGUUAACCUCCUCUAAUUGACUCUUUAAAUACUAAACAGUGAAAAUUAUGAAAGAACUUUGUCAUAUACUAGCAUGGUUAUUGGUAGAGCAUAUUUUUAUUUUGACACUUAUCAUUUUCCGGGUAAAAACAAAACACCUAGUAAAAUAAGAAAAGGAUAGAUGAUUAUUCCUUUAAGAAUCAAAUUGUAUGGAAAACUUAUUUCCAGACUACUUCUACUGUGGUAAUGAAUUAGCUUGAAUGUUUAUUUUUUCAUUAUAUCAUUAAUCUUUUCGGUCACCUAAUAAUUUAGUUGAUAUGUUGUCUGAUAAUAAUCUAUUCAUUGAUCUGUGUCCCCAAAUUAACUUCAAUUAAUAAUCGAGAUGUUUCGGAUGUUAUAAAUUAUUAUGUGAUUACAGUGAAUUUAUUUAUUUGAAAAGAUCUCAUGGGACCAUUAAAAUGUUACAUGUUCCUAACUUUUCAUUAUACCAACUUUUUUUUUUAAAGAAUAUUUCAUUGUUACAUUAGAAUUAUUAUUGAUUCUUGGUUAAAACUAUUAUGACAUGUAUAUAUCUCUUUAUUUUUUUUUAAGCAAUCCAUUUGCUAAUAUUUUGUGAAUUUAUUUGUAUUGUAUAUGAGAAUUUGUAUAUUCUUAAAAAUAAUAUUUAUAGUCUGUGAUAUUUAUCUGUGA